UGUCUGUUGUCCUCGUUAUUGGCUCUUUAUCACCACAUCGCGGUUACGAAUAUAAUUCUUUGGAAUUGUUCAAGCGGAACAACACGUUGAUUUCUCUCGCGCUCGCUGAUCCUCGCUCUCUUUCCGAUCGCCAGCGCUAUGUCGCACAGAAAAUUUUCUGCACCUCGUCACGGCUCUUUGGCAUUUCUGCCACGUAAGCGUUGCCGCCAUCAUCGGGGAAAAGUUCGUUCAUUCCCCAAUGAUGAUCCAUCAAAACCAUGUCAUCUGACUGCAUUCGUAAGCUACAAGGCUGGAAUGACCCAUAUUGUGAGAGAUGUUGAUAGACCGGGAUCAAAAAUGAAUAAAAAGGAGGUUGUUGAAGCCGUCACCAUUCUUGAAACUCCACCUAUGAUUGUAUUUGGAGUCACUGGAUACAUCAUAACCCCUCGUGGUCUUCGUACUCUCACUACUGUCUUUGCCGAACAUUUGAGUGAUGAAUGUAAACGUCGUUUCUACAAAAACUGGUAUUCUUCCAAGAAGAAGGCAUUUUCGAAAGCUUGUCGCAAAUGGCAAGAUGAUGAUGGUAAAAAACAAAUUGAGCAAGAUUUUGCGAAAAUGAAGAAGUACUGUACCGUUAUCAGAGUACUCGCUCAUUCUCAGAUGAAACUUCUGCCAAUCAGACAGAAGAAAUCUCACAUUAUGGAAAUCCAAAUUAAUGGAGGAUCAGUUGCAGACAAAAUUGACUUUGCUCGUAACCUUCUCGAGAAGCCAGUCAAAGUUUCUGACAUCUUCGCACAAGAUGAAAUGAUCGAUAUUAUUGGAGUAACUAAGGGUCAUGGUUACAAAGGUGUUACUUCUAGAUGGCAUACCAAGAAAUUACCACGUAAGACUCACAAAGGUCUGCGUAAAGUCGCCUGUAUUGGAGCUUGGCAUCCGGCCCGUGUCGCCUACUCUGUUGCUAGAUCUGGUCAAAAGGGUUACCACCACCGUACUGAGAUAAACAAGAAGAUCUAUCGCAUUGGUAAAGGAAUUCACAAAGAAGGUGGAAAGAUUAUCAAGAACAAUGCUUCCACUGAAGUUGAUAUUACAGAUAAGAGCAUCACUCCAAUGGGCGGAUUUCCUCACUAUGGUGAAGUGAAGAACGAUUUCAUCAUGUUGAAGGGUUGUUGUAUCGGACACAAGAAACGAGUUCUCACUUUGAGAAAAUCUCUUCUGGUUCACACCAAGCGUGUCGCGCUCGAAAAAAUCAAGCUCAAAUGGAUCGAUACCUCGUCAAAGAUGGGUCACGGUCGCUUCCAAACUCUGGAAGAGAAGAGAGCUUUCAUGGGCCCACUCAAGAAAGACAGACAAGUUACUACUGCUUAAAUUGCUCUGUGUCAUGUUUUCCUUGUGAUGCAAUAAAAGUUCCUGAGGAAAAUUUG